AUGCCUCUGAACAAGUAUCAUCUGAACCGGGGUACGACGAUCGGGUCCCACCAAGCAAGGAAGGUGAUGAGUCAUCACAAGCCAGCCAUGGUGGCCAAAGACAUGGCGCAGGCCCUUUGGGGUCGGAUUGGGCUCGCCCAAAGAACAUUUGGGGGCAAGCUGGCCCCUAAAGAUUAUCACAACCCUAAUGCGGUUGUGCGCAAAGAACUGAGCCCCCAAAAAGUUGGACUCGUGAUAGAAACAGUUCAACACUGGGGCCAGAUUAACAAGGCCUCUGUGACAGAUGUCGUCGACAGCAUGUCGACAGUCCUGUCGCAGAAAAUACAGGACGUCCGUAAAGCUUUAAGACGUCGGGGAAUUUCGGAUUUUUAA